AUGCUUUCCUCAACUACUAAAAGGGCUUGUGCUCAGAGGAGAAUUAAUGUGAAGCUGCUGGCCAGACUCGAAAGCUCGACCCCCGGAAGCGUGCGGUCUGAGUCCGGCCCAGCCGGGUCUCGUACUGCGCCGAAAGAGAUUGACCCAGUGCUGUUGGACCAACUGUUCAGAGGCCACAAGCCACGUCGCUUUCCAGCGUUUGAAAGGAUUCACAAGCAAGAUCAAGAAGAGAAGGACCGGUUUGCUGUUAUUGAUGAAAAUCUGUCAAAAUUCAAGUCGAACUCGCCGGUUAAUUUCAACUACUAUCUGAGGAAUCUCGCCGACCUCAAGACUCAAAGCCAGUUACCAUACAAAUUUGGAGAAAAUCAGCUUGUGAAGAAUGACCCAGAGAUGGAGAAAUAUCUUAAAAUGAUACUAUGGGAAUUCCAGGCACCUGUGAGGUUUGCUUUUGGAUACGGUUCCAAGGUGUUUGGCCAAGGUUCUGGUGCUUCUUCCGCUGACUCAAUGAUCGAUAUGAACUUUGCAGUGAGUUAUCCAGAUCACUGGCACUCUCUGAACAUGCAGCAGUUUCCCAAUCAUUACUCUGGCAUCAGAAGACUCGGAGCACACGCGAUUUCGACGGUUCAGGAAUGGGGUGCUGGUGUGUACUUCAACCCGUACGUGACUCUCGACUUCAAAAGAGCCAAGACUCUGACGUCAGAAACGCCUGCAAAGAGUCAGAUGAUGAAAUAUGGAGUCACUUCUAUUGAUAGGCUUAUCUCUGAUCUGAUAAACUGGGACACUUUGUAUCUCAGUGGAAGGCUUCACAAGCCAGUUGCGAUAAUCAGAAACUCGCCAAAUGUCCAGCUGUUGAACCAGUUCAAUCUCACAAAUGCGAUCAAGUUGUCUCUUUUGCUGCUUUCGGAAAGGCACUCUACCGAGAACACCGUGGAUGAGUUCGAGCUCUACAAAAUGAUUACGGGAUUGUCGUAUAUUGGAGACCCGAGAGUGCAGAUGAAGGGCGAGAAUCCUCACAAGAUCGAAAACAUAGUGGAAAACCAGUUCACCAAGUUCAGAUGGAUGUAUUUGCCAUUGCUAGAGAACUAUUUCCCUUCGAUGAUUCAGAUGGUGAACUGUGACAAAUCGCAAGGAUUUGACAGAUUCAAUACCCCUAUCAUCUAUAAGUUUAAAGUCGACGUGUGUGACGAGUCCAAGGCCUCGCUCAUUGUCGACCUGCCAAAGGCUUUCCGCAGAAGACUGUACGCAAAAUACGCAGAAAAGUAUGGAAAUGACCUGGCAAACGACAUUGUGGCUCAGGAAGUACUCGGAAAAGUGUCUUUGACAUCUCCAGAGACGUCAGAACCAAAGCUGGAUCUGUCGUUUAUCGAUCUCCAGAAAGUGAGGAGUUUUGCUGAUUUGAACCAGCUUCCAACUAAGGAUUGGGAGUACACUUCGAACGCUGUUAAGGUGAAGGGAGGCUUUGCUGCUGCCAUUGCCAAAGACGAAGAUCUCAAGACCGUCUUGGUCCAGGUGCUCAAGGAUACGAUCUACGGACCAGCUUUGGCUCAGAGCUUGAAGGGUGUGGUGACGGCUGGCUUGGGAAAGAGUAUCAAGUAUGCUCUCGAGAAGAGGAAAAAGUACAAUAACGGCAAGGCUGCCUGA